AUGGUACGAACACCUGCGUCAUCUCAACUCGGUUCGACUUCUGUCGCACAGCUUAAUCAAAGACCACCUAGAACGUUGCUUGCUCUUGAUAUCGUGCUGUCUCUGAAAACUAACGUCGUGCAAGCGCCUUGCUACGUAUUUAUACCUGUCGAGCCGGCAGCUCUGACCUCAAAUUCGUGCGAGAAUAGUGUUUUAUGGCGUUUUGGACACCUCCAAUACUGGAUUGCAGCUGUCAUGCUUAAUGUCCGUGACAAGUACCGAGUGCCCGUUCUACGGUCGAAUCGGACAUUUGUGUUGUACACCUUUGUCUUGUUGAUUAUUCUGCUCGUACAGCUUUCAUGGAACACUGGGAAUCGUGAGGAUGAGAUAUCGACAACGUCAGCAGCAGUAGCAAAAGCUUUGAAAGCACGUGGCGUGGAUGUGAGCUUACGAGCGCUGGAGCUGCCUACAAGUCUUGCAUGGUCUCUGUUCCCACUGUUUCGCUUUGAUGCUGGCUGA